AUGACGCAGCUAAAUCUUACCGUCUUCAGCGAAACCACUCAACAGACAUUUUGGAUUCGGAAUCACGUGUUUGAUGACGUCACAAUCACUGAUCACGUAAUAUAUUCCACAAGCAGCAUCAAAAGCAAGGUGAACUGUGGGAAGGAAUGUGCCAAGAGUGACAUCUGCAGGUCGUUUUCCUACAAUGGUCAUGAUGGCACGUGUCGUAUGCAUUCAGAAACAUUUUCCAACAGCGCCAGUUCUCUCCCUUCAUCGGGGUCCCGCUACUACACAAUGGCCACAGAUCACUGCCCAACUGAAGAUGGGUACGUGUUGCUUGAGGAUGUCAAGCUGUGUUUCAAGGUGUUCAAUCUGAACAAAAAACAAAUGGCAGAAGCCCGUGAUGUUUGUAACCAAUCACGUUCCAGAUUGAUUGUCUUGGACACAAAGGAAAAGAACUUAGCUGUCAGUGACUACAUUAAAGAAAAUAUAGGUAACUCCAAGUUCUUUAUCGGUUUGACAGAUGAAGACCACGAAGACAUUUUCGUCUGGGAGAAUGGAAAGACAGCUAAUUUCACCAACUGGAAUACUAGGGAACCAAACAAUCUGAACAACGAAAACUGUGUUUUGCUAAUUACAAACACUGGAAAAUGGAACGAUAUGGGGUAA